AUGGAGAACGGCAGGGUGGCCCUAAAUGAUGAAAGACGCUCUGAUUCAAGCCCUGGCCUCUGGAUCCGGCAGAGGCCUCGUCUCUACGGCCUGACUCCGAUCCUGCGCCUGGCUAUGCACGACAACAGGCCGGUGUUUAAGCCCUCCAGCUGCUGUACCAGGGGUGAGGGUAAGGGCUGGGCUCGGGUCACGGCUGAAGAAGAGGAAGGGGACGGGUCAGCACUGGCUGUUUGGGCUGAAGGCUCGGGUCCGAGUGGGGUAGGGUGCGGGGCUCAGGCGGGGAAGGGAAAAGGCUCUGAAGCAGGACAGUUUCAAAGCAACCAAGGGUUUGCGAUCACGGACAUCGCCCGUUCUCGUCUCGGCCCCGCCGUCCCUUCUCACCCUCCUCGCCCUCUGACCCCGAACUCACCAGAGGGAGCGGGGAGGGGGCGCGGGGCACUCCUGGCCACGGCAGCCCCUAAGCCUCCGACCAGGCGCUGCGGCCUCCCGGCCAGCGACAACAGGAAACGGCGCUCGCGGCGCCUGACGCCAUCACGUUGGUUCGGCGUCCGGCCCCGCCCCCGGACCGCAGAGCCAAUCGCAGGGCCGGCGGAGCCUCGGGGCGGGGCCAGCGCUCGGGAAAGCCCAAGUUACCAGCCCCAGAGCAGAUCCCUGCUGACCUCCAGCCCUGAAGAAGCCGGAGAACCUCUGCUUCCCCCACCUCCCCGUCCGCCUUGUCCUACUUCAGUAGUUUGGCUCCUCCGAGCCCUCUUCUUGAUUCAACCUUGCCUGGCCUGUGAAGACUUGAACACACACGGGCAUGGUUGCUGGCAGCUCGUGGCCGCAUCCCUAGUAGGACCCUAGCCUCCCUUAAAGUGCCUGCCUGCAAAACUCCCGGCUGUCUAAAGGAUUGGCUGCUUAGUCCAGCCAACGCCUGAAGAUCGGGCCCCUGUCUCCCAGCUUCUGUGAGAGGGCAGGAGCUUAACUUUGAGAAGUGUCAGCAAAGCCAGAUGGGUCUCCUAUGGGCCAGCGUCCCUUCCUGCUUUUUGUCAUCUUUCACUUCUGAUUAUAGAGCCCCCACUCAUUCCCUUCCCUAGUCCCUCAUUCUCCCUGUGAAAUCCCCCAUCACCUCUGUAAUAAUCCCAGUUGGGUGCCUGCUCACGAUGAACCCUUUCCCCUACGGCACUGCAAUACUAUGUUACUGACUGAACUCUGUCUGGAUUACUUUAA